UUUUCCUUAAAUAUUAUUUAAAUUGGGGGGGGGGGCUAGCUAGGCAGACAUAAAAAUAGGUACUUUCAGAAAGGUCACCGCUCAUUCCCCGUUAGCAAUCAAUUGAUGCAGAGAACUGUCACCAUAUUUGGGAGCGAAAAACUGUUAAGCAACGGAGCAGCUUACUGAGCGGCUCAGUGAGGGAUGUCUCUCUGAGUGCACCCAAUAAUUUAAAAAAAAGAAGAGAAACAAAGCAACGUUGGCACCGCGAUUCAUUUCGUCGCCAACGUCAUGCCGCCAGCAACCAUAACCAUCAUUGGGCGAAAAUCGAAGCUGCCGUGAAUAAGUUACCUCCAGAAGGCUGGUGUUCAGCCUCGGCAGUGAUGGCCUGUCUGACCGCCCUUUAUUCCCAAACGCUGACUCUACUCUUCGUCCCCCACGAGAUACUCUUCCUCCAGCACAAAGUCUUCCGCGAGUACGCCAAGAUCGCCGUGGGACCUGACUUCAUACACACCCUGCCCUCCUUCCUGAUUCUGAUGGCGAUGGCGUGCGUCCUCUGGAGGAAUCCCCCCUCCAUGAACAGUGUGUCCAAAGCGGUAGGCUCGACGACCCUGUACAAGGCUCUACAGGUAUCGCGAUCGAAACCGACCGAGAUAGUAUUUGAGGUAAUGCAUCGUACGUUCGUGGUUGAAGGUCAUGGUCAGCUGGGUGGUCGGCAUCACGGGUAUGUGGGGCUGGCUGAUCCUUCAAAGGCUCCUCUAUUGCUGCGUUUGGACGUACUGGAGUUACGGGUCUGAGUAUAGAGAUAUCUCCUAUCAAUGGUGGCAACAAGUUUGGUCCUCCUAUUACCCUCCACCAUUUGAACCUCCGGUGAUGUCAGCUGGAUUUAUCAGUUGGAUCAUAUCUAUGUCAAUAGCAGUGAUGACUCUUGGUUGCGCAAUAUCUGCGAGUCUAAUGUGGAAUUUUAUUGUGGAUUCUGCAGGUGAACUGAGGGACACCUUCGCGUUAGCCAAAUGUUCCUCGAUAUUAUAUUUGAAGAGGUUACUAUCAUUGACACUCAUUAUUAUUGAAGGAAACAUUGCUUUUGAUUCAUUGAUAAUUAAUUGAUAA